UAUAUGUCCUCGACUUAAAUGCAAUUACUAAUAUAUAAUGGAUCGUAUUAUAGAGAUAAUAAGUUCGUUAUAUUGGGUCGUCUAUACGUCUUGCUAGAGAAAGCUAUAGAACUUCGGAUUAGUAAAUAAAUAAACCCGAAACCCAAUGUAACGGAUCCUACAAGGUCACACAUUAAACUUGGAUCAACAAAAGAAACCUAGAGCCCAAGAGGGCCCUAGGGUGGCCGGCCAAGAGAUAGGAAAAGGGGAGAGAAAUCUGACCUAAAUACUUUUGUAUAUUUGGGUUAGGCAGAAAAGAAAACGAUCAGUUUAUUCUCUUAUUAUUUUCUCUCUCCUAUUCUCUCUCUUCAAAAGUCACGUUAUACUCCAAGAAACCAAAGAAGAAGUUUUCUUCCUUUCCAACUAGCAUUGGUGGAGUGUUGAUCUGGGUUGGUGGACUAAGUAGAGGAAUCACAUCUGAGAUUCUCAAUCCGGGUUCUUCAAGCUUUGUGGAAAUCACGCUACAAAGAUAUCAUGUCUAAUAACAACAACAACAACUCCGGUUUCAACAUUCGUCCUUUUCUGGAAAAGGACAGACUGAAUGGUGAAAAUUUCCUUAAUUGGGAAAGGACCUUAAGACUCGUUCUGAGGUUUGAGGGUCGAGAGGACGUCUUAGAUACCCCGCUUCCUGUAAUAACUGAUGAAUCAACUGACGCUGAAAAACGUCGUGCAAAACAGGCUAGUGAUAAGUCUAUACCAAUCACUUGUUUGAUGGUAGCAGCCAUGGAGCCGAACCUCCAAAAGAGGUUCGAAACCAAGGAUGCCUACACGAUCAUGCAAGAGCUGCGGGCCAUGUUUAAAACUCAGGCCCGAGUUGAGCGGUAUGAGACUAACAGGGAGAUCCUUGAAUGUCACUUGAAGCCGGGUCAAGCUGUUGGCCCCCAUGUGUUCGAAAUGAUGGGUCUUUUCGAAAACAUGGAAAGACUUGGGUUCCCUUAUAGGCUCGAGUUGGCUACUGACAUCAUUCUCCACUCACUACCUGAAAGUUUUAAUCAGUUCAGAAUGACCUACAAUAUGAAUGAGUCUGAAAAGACUUUGCAAGAGCUGCAUGGAUUGUUGGUCAAUGCUGAAAGGAACAUCCCUAAGGUUGAACCAAAGAAAGAGGUUCUGUUGGUUCAAAAGGGAAAGGGUUUCAAAAAGAAAUGGGCAGGAAAGAAGGACAAAGGCAAGCAAGUUGCCACUGUCGCUGAAAAACCUAAGCCAUAUAUGUGCUUUAAUGGUCCUUUGGUAAAUAUUACGGAGAAACAUGACGAAAAUGAAGAUGUUUUAUUAUUGAGUGAGCUAUUUUCUUCAUGGGAUAUUUGGAUCUCAUGUAACAAAGUCAAAUGUGAUCUUCAUAAUGUUGAUUUGCGCUAUAACAUGAGUGAUUAUUUGGAUAGAUUUGAGCAUCCAUUGGCUGCUGAUUAG